UGCGCAGUCAAGUGUCAUAUGUCACGCUCGUUCACGUUGAGCUCUUGCUGCUUCAGCUGUCACCACUGAGGUAUAAUAAGAACGGCUGUCACUUUGCUCAACCCCCUUUCUUUCUCUUCUCUCUGUUGCAUGCUGAGGAAACAUGGGGUUGAUCACCGGAGUUAUUGCUUUCUUUUACCACUUACCUCAAAUAUACAAAUGGCUCUUCAAGCCUUAUUACAUAUUGUCUAUAUUGAUGUCCGCCGCAUUCCUCAUACUUCGGAAGUGUCCGGGACUUUGCGAAAACCUCAACACAGAACGGGAGGACGGGAACCCAUGCGACUUUGACUGGGUCAGUAUCGGGGUAGAGUUGCUCUUGUGCUAAAUCUGGUGGGGUUUAUUGUUACUGUAAAUGUUGCAAUACUUGUAUGUAAUAUUGUGGGGCCUAUGUCUUACAGAGAGAAGUUGAGAUUCUUAUGUUUCUCAGUGCGAUUGUCAUGAUGAAGAACAGAAGAGCCAGUAGGUGCAGAAUGAAUGAAACACACACACACACACACACACACACACACACACACACACACACACACACACACACACACACACACACAGGUUUGGCCAGGGGUGAGCCCAGUGUUGUAACUGAAAUUCUCUCCUAGGUUUACAGUAUAAACAGUAAACAUCAGAACACACACAUGCACUGUAAUUUCAAUUUGCCCUACAAACCCGGUCCCUCACAUCUUGUAAACCACAUCCUGGGAUUACAGCACAGCGCUGAGGAGGGGUUGGCUCUUGAAAUGUUUGUUUUGUAAACAUGAGAAUACAGUUGUGAGAGGAGGGGCACUGUUUAUUUUUGUUAACUCCUCCUUCACUUCUUUUCUAUCUUUGAGUCUUACCCCUCUUUCACUCAUCCACCCAGUCUCUCUUACCCCCCUCUCCCUCCCCCCUUUCAAUCUACUCAUCCCCCCAUUCUCUCUUACCCCCCUCUCUCUGCUCCUUCCCCCAUUCUCCCCCCUCUCUCUGUUUCUCUGUCAUGAACCCUAACCUUUCUCCCGUUCUCCAGUCACCAUAGAGCAGCAUGCAGGGAACCUGUUUAUGUUCAGUAAGGUGGCCAACGUCAUCCUCUUCUUCAGGCAGGACAUCAGACUGGGCAUCUUUUACUUCGCUCUGUGUAUUGGUGAGAUGCUUGUCAUGUUACCCUUCAUGUCACUGCUGUCAGUCAGUUAAUAUGCAUUAUAACUAUUGACCAGAGGAAGUUGUUGGGCUCCUUGUUAAGAAAAGGCAAUGCUUGCUUCAGGGUUUGAUUUGGACUUUGACUUUACUGGUCGAAACCAACCAGUCCGUCUGUGCUCUGUGAGUGAAUUUGACAGCAUGGGCUAGGAGUUAGGGUUAGUACCAAGUAUCUAUUCUACAGUGUCAAGAAUGUUUCUGUUUCCUAUCCUAUCCAAGCCUUCGUCAUGACCUGUAAACCGCCACUCUACAUGGGCCCAGAGUACAUCAAGUACUUCAGUGAAAAGACCAUAGACGUAAGUGUGGUGAUCCAAGACUUGAGAUGUGACAGCCAUGAGUGUGAAGAUUAGACGCCAUACUGUAGACUGUUGAGCCUAGUUAACUGAGACUGUCAUUACCAUAUUACUGACUGUAAGUGAGCAUUAGAUGUUAUUUAUUUACAACAGGCUAAGUGUUACUAAUCCAUGUUCUACUGCUCUAGUAGCCCUGCUCGCCAGGCUAGUGAUGAUACUAUUAGUAGGGAAAGAGACCUGGCUGGGAAUGAGACUACUGAUACAGUGAUCUACUCAGGUAAUCUGAUCUGGUCUAAUCCCAUUGGACAGGAGGAGCUGAAUCAUGAUACCCGCGUGACGUGGAUUGUUGAGUUCUAUGCUAACUGGUCUCCCGAGUGCCAGUCCUUCGCCCCUGUCUUUGCCGACCUCUCCCUCAAGUUAGUAUUCUUCCUGUUUCACUUAUGUUUCCUCUUUCUCUCCACCCCUCCUAUACUCUUCUCCCAGUGAAACACAUCUCUCUAAUGUUGUUCUGUUAACCGAACAUGGCGGUCUCCUGUUCUCUUCCUCUGUUAUGCAGGUAUAACUGUACUGGACUGCGGUUUGGGAAGAUAGACGUUGGCCGGUACGGAGAGGUGGCUCAGAGGUAAGACUUUCCCUCUCUGAAAUUGGUAGUGUCUCUAACAAACUAUAUUUUCACGAGAAUGCAAAAAAAAAUGGAUUUACAUUGUAAGACUGUAGACUGCAUGUCAGUCUGUCUAGAAGUAAGAUGAGAAGGGACUGCCUAUUUCUAUAGUCUGACACUUUUUCUGCCCUGUGCUGACUAUGUCCUUCUCUGCAGGUACAAGGUUAGCACCUCUCCUCUGGCCAAGCAGCUCCCCUCAUUGGUGCUUUUCCAGUCAGGGCGGGAGGUCAUGAGACGUCCAAUGGUGGACAAUAAGUGUCGAGCUGUGUCCUGGACUUUCAGCGAGGUGUGUGUUGUGUGUGGAUCACUAAUCUGUCUGUGUGCCUGCUUGUUUGUGUGCCUUACUUUUUGAAGUGUGUGAAUGGUUUGGGUCCCCACUCACACACCCCAUUCUGUUCUAGGAGAACAUCAUCCGCGAGUUCAACCUGAACGAGCUCUUCGAGGCAUCUAAGAAGAUAAAGAAGGGUCGUGGCGAGAAAGGAGAGGACAACCCCUUACUACCAGAGGAGGGCAGCAAAGAGCCUCAACCUGAACCUGACACCCCAGCAGAGAGCAAGAAAGACCAGUAGUGACGAAGGGAGAACAAGGACUGGAUUGUUCUACCACACAGUCGUACACACAGUUCACUGCUGGUCAUAUAAUCUGCCUGUGUCUGUUAUAUCACUGUUGUAUUAUCAGACCACCAGUAUUCAAGUUAAUUCAAGAGUUUGGCCUUGUGAAAAAGCAGCUGCAAGCGAACAAAAAGGGACAGAAUGAGGCAUCUAAAUGUAAACAUCAAACCGUCCUAAUUAUUGAUGCCUUAAAAGGUCCAAUGCAGCAGUUCUCAAUAGAUUAAGAUCAUUCUGCGUAACAAUUAAGUACCUUACUGUGAUUGUUUUAAAUUAAAAUGGUAAAAAAAGAAAAAAAAGAGCAAAGAGCAAUUUCUCAAGCAAGAAUUUUGGUAGGACUUUCUGGUAGUGGUUUGAGUGGG